UUACCUACUAGGUAGAAAGUAUAACAGCCAAUGGCAAUUUGCCUUAGUUGGAAAGUGCCAUAAACGACGUUGGAAAAAAAUCACACUUCAUUAAUGUAGAAUGUUGGUGUGUUCAAGGUCGCAAAUGUUGGAUCACUUCUUUUCAUCAAUGUUAAUGAUGAUGAUUGCUAAAUCACGGAGAGAGCUACAAUCGCGCAAGCACAAGCACAUUCACAGACGAUGACAGACUGGCAAACACAUACAAAUAUACAUAUACAUACAUUCAUACAUCUGUAUGUAUGUAUGUAUGUAUGUUGUGGCAAUGAGAGAGUUGUAUAUGCAAGAAAUUUCCAUACAUUCAGUUUUGAAAUGUCAGUAUCAAGUGAAGGGUUCAAGCAGUAGAGAGUUAAAAGUAGAAAGGCUAGGAAUUUCCUAGAAUGCUGAUGUUGCAGUACAGCAAGCAUGGAGAGUGUAUACUCAAAGAAAUUGGAGCCGCAUUCCGUGGAGAACACCCAGCCGAUCUGACAAUAGUUUGUGAAAACAGAGUUAAACUCCAUGCACAUAAACUUGUAUUGGCAGCUGCAAGCCCACUCAUAAGAACCCUCUUGGAGGACACGCAACUUUCCGACUGCGCGACCACAGUUUAUUUCCCAGAUGUGAAUGCUACAUAUUUUAAAUUCCUGCUGGAUUUUCUAUAUUCCGGACAAACUUGCAUAACAUCGCGAGAUGUUAAUUAUUUACAUGAUCUAUUGUUGUUGUUGCAAAUUAAAUCCGACAAUUGGAAGACCACUGACUCAGCAAUACUAAGCAGUAAGUGCAGUAACUUGCGUGAACGCUUGAACAGCGACUCCAAUGGCAACGGAAAUGGCAAACAGCAUAUGUAUUGUUCAACAAAGCUAGAGCAUUCCUAUAGCCCCGAUUUAGAUGGUAGCGAUGAUAUAAAAAAAUGCUCGGAUGGUUCCAAGGAUUCCGAUACCAUAAAGGAAGAUCCGGGCAGCCCUAAGUGUUCAUUAGAUGAUAAUAUAAAUAAAGAUUUGAAAGAGGUUAGUAGCCCCUCGACCAGUGAGCAAGAUGCAUUUACCGAUGCCCAGCUCAAUACAGCCAAUAAGAAUAAUAUACCUUCAUUAAAUCCCGUUAAUUUAUCAUUGGAUUUAAGAUGUAAACAUGAAAGUAGUACAAGAAAAUUAUCAUAUACGGACAAAAAUAUUUUCAAUACGGAUAGUUCAUCGUUUAAUGGCACGGAAAGUAUAAAACGUAAAGGAUUUUUCUUUGAUUCCGAUAAGGAUGUUGCCAAAUCCCUACACGAUCCAGAUUUGAAUAAUUCACCGGAAAAUUAUGUGGUAACACCGCAUCGAAAACGAAGACCAGGCUUUCAUCAUUCCUCCAGUCAUAAUCAACCGUUCGCAUCGUCAUAUCAGCAUACAUUAAUCGAUGAAUUACGUUCCGCGAAAACAGACUCAUCGCCUAUAUCAUCGUACAUGUCCGAUCGUAAAUUGUUAUCACCACUCGAGGAAGGACUUUUAGGCAGCUCAGAGGUUUUGCCGAAAAAUCGUAAAUUCAUUGAAAAUCAAAGACCCCGACCACAAAGCCCCGACGCCGCACUACACAUCCCUCCACAAUUCGCAUACCAAUGGCAGUCGACACAAAAUCCUGCCAUAAGCAACUUCUCAAAACUACAAUCCGGUCUCGGUAGCAUACCACAGAUAGGCGUCGGUGGUGGCGGUGGCGGUGGCAUAGCAGGCGGUGGCAGUGCCGUCGAUGCUGGCAAUCAUGAUACACCAGGUAGUGUUCGAGAUCCCCCAUCCAAUAAUUCGAAUAUAUGCGGCACACAUAAUACUGCACGCGAAUAUCGUUGCGAAUACUGUGGCAAACAGUUCGGUAUGUCAUGGAAUUUGAAAACACAUUUGCGCGUACAUACGGGCGAGAAGCCGUUCGCUUGCCGCUUAUGUGUUGCUAUGUUCAAACAGAAGGCCCAUCUAUUGAAACAUUUGUGUUCGGUUCAUCGAAAUGUAAUAACGACGACAAAUGGUGCUGAGACCGAGAAUCGAUUCAGUUGCUGUUUUUGUUCCAUGUAUUUCGAAUCAGUACAAGAGUUAGUGAGGCAUUUAUCGGGACACCACAAUAAUUUGCUGCUAACGAAAAAUCUACGCGAAUAAAGAAUGCAAGCAAAGCUUAAAUUAUUUUUAAUAAAUUUACAUGCAUACAUACAUACCUACAUACUUGAUUACAUGAACACACACACACACACACACGCAUACACAUAUACAUAAAACAAAAACAACAAACACACAUAAACACAUAUACAUAUAUAUAUACAUAUACAUACACAUGCAUACUUAUGAAAGUGUAAUUGUACUUUGAAGACGGAAAGUGACCUGAAUUUUUACUUUGUUUGCAGAAUAUUUCUCAUUGUCAGAACCUGCAAUAUUUUUUAUACCCUUGGGACAUAUGUAUAAUAAUUCCAAUUCUCUUUUUAUAUACGUUUUUUUCAUCACAAUGAGUAUUUGUAAAUUUUCAUUCAACUUUAUAAAUAAUAAUAUAAUAAAUUUUGAUGUGAAAACGUCUUGUAAAUA